AUGGCUGACCGACAGCACGGCCUUUCGCGCACUCUGCCGAAGGACUUCACCUACCCUUCUAUCGCCCAAGGAGAGCCUAGAACCCCCGAACGCCCUUCUAUACAACCGGAUGCGCCGCCCCCGCCGCCUCGGCAUUCUUGCUCCCGCCUUCGCCGAUCCCGCGUUCGAUCCGGGACCGACCUCUUCGCUCAAGCCAGCUAUGACUUCAGCACUUACACCAGCACCUCCCCCGACGUACCUUUACCCUCCAUCGAAUUUCCCCCUACUCGUGAUGCCUCCGCAGUCCAGUUUGAGACAAUGGUAGCGCCUACCGAUGACCAUUUUCUCGCGCCUCCCCGCGCUAGGGUAGAUUUAAGAACUCCGCCCGCGCAAAUCCGUCCGGACCCCAUUGAGGCUGAUUCUGCAAGUUCUUGGUCUGCGUGGAACCUGCAGGCUGCCGGAGAUGCGCUUCAGCGUCCCAGUUCGGCUUGCUCGAAUGCCUCGGAUUCCUCAGUCUCCUCAAUAGAAACGUUCAGCUCGCGGAGAUCAGUUGGCGGAAGCUGCACGAGCACGGAAAGCGAUAAUUACGACCCUUUUUUCCAUAUCGAAAUCACGCCUAAGCAGACGGCGGAGCUCGCACCGUUACCUAGAAGUACAAGAACCAAAACCCAAAAAUCCACGAAAAACAGAGAACGAUGGUCUUUGGAUAUGGACAACCAUUUGUGGAAUACAUACCAACUCUACAUUCAGGAUCCCACCAUUACUCCCUUCAAGAUGACCCCUGGGAGUAUCCCGCCUCUCGGUGUCACUCACAGAGUGGCUCGGGAGGCAAAGCGGAGCUGGGAAAGAAAAGGGAUCCGAUUAGACAAGCAGUUCCCGUCCCGCGACGCGGCUCCGCGAAGCGGAGAUUCGACCCCGACUACUAAAGACACUCUACCUAGGCCCUCAUGGCCCAAAUCCGAGUCCUCAACCCGGCGAAGGUUAAAACUCUUGUGCAAGAAAAAGUUCUCCAUCGCCCCUCAUUACCAAAGAAUGAUGCAGUCUCGGAGCCCUACACCGUUCCUGGACCUUUUCUCGCGUCCCUCGGAUGGAUUUUCCCGGGCUGAUACCUCCGCCAACACUUCUGCGGUCUACGCCACGCGCGAUCUUGGCGUCUCUCUCGUGUCAAGCUCAAUGCCUGGCCCGCUGGCUCAACUGGCCGCCCCGGAACCAAUAGCCGAACCUAACACCGACUUGCCUGAACCUCAAGUGCUUGGAAGCUUCCGCAGUGAUCUGGGCACUUCACUGCCUACAAAGGUCUCGAGUUUCGACGAGAGGGGGAUGGCUCCCCGAUUGGGCUCUCCGUUCUCUUAUCAUACUUGGGGCCCGAACAACCUGAGAAAGCGAAAUCUACGCCAUACCCCCAGAGCUCGACGCGAAACCAUUCAUGUGACGGGCUCGCGCCUGCGAUCUCCCGCUCGGAUGGAACCUCUUCCGAACAUGGCCACUAGCAGCAACAUGGGUUCGAGUGCUGCUGCUGUAUCACCCACCGAGCAGGAAACUCGACGCAAUCUAGAGGAGCUUCUCCGCCAGGGGAAGCUGCAUGAUGUUGGCCACCGUCGUGUACGGAUCAGAAACCGCGGAGCCACAAUGAGUGCAGUCACGCCCAAGGGCUUGGACCAGUUGUUCUCACCGCCAUCGUCCUCGUCUCGUAACGAAGAAACCCCCUCAACGGAGAAGCCCAUCCCUAACCCCCUUCUGAACCUUAGUGGGGAAAGCAUCAAACGACUGGGAUCCCCUUUCAAGAUGGAAGGAUUGCGACGCACUGGACCUCCAGGCAGAGUUUCAAGACACGCACCGUCUCUCUCCGACCCCUUUGCAAGCGGUCCGCCUCCUCAAUUCAGAUCCAUGCCAUACCAUGCGCCCUCCCGAAGCCAAACCUCCGCCACGACCGCGUUGCCGUACGACCCUACGGAGGAGGGUAUAUCGGAUGCCGAGCGUAUCCGGAGACAAAUCUUGAAUAUGCCUUACUCGAGGCGAUAG